GAAUAAUAGUGAUGGGGAUGAAGGGGGGAAGGGCUCUGAUUGCAGUGAUGGGUUUGGGGAGAACAGUGAGCCCAUCAUUGAUCUUAAUGCUGCUGUUUUGAGUGGGGAAGAUCAUCAUCAUCAUCAUCAGCCUAUCAUGCAUGUGGGGGGGAAUAAUGGGAAAGAAGCAGAGAGCACUGGGCAGUCUAAGCUGUGUGCUAGAGGCCAUUGGAGGCCUGCAGAAGAUGCUAAGCUUAAGGAGCUUGUAGCCAUCUAUGGCCCCCAAAACUGGAACCUCAUUGCAGAGAAGCUAGAAGGAAGAUCUGGGAAGAGCUGCAGGUUGAGGUGGUUUAACCAGUUGGAUCCAAGGAUCAACAGGAGGGCAUUCAGUGAGGAAGAAGAAGAGAGGCUAAUGGCAGCACACAGGCUGUAUGGGAACAAGUGGGCAAUGAUUGCAAGGCUGUUCCCAGGGAGAACAGACAAUGCAGUGAAGAACCAUUGGCAUGUAAUCAUGGCAAGGAAGUAUAGGGAGCAGUCCAGUGCUUACAGGAGGAGGAAGAUGGGGCAGCUGGUUUACAGGAGAAUGGAAGAAGAUGAUGAGAUUGCCACCCCAAACAAUGGCGGCGGCGGCGGGGGAGCGGCCGCCGCCAGAGAUCAUGGCGGUAAUAGUGGUGGUGGUAGUGGUGGCGGUGUUAUGAGAACAACAUCUAUUGGACCCAUUAGUAGCACUCAAUUUGGAGGUGUGGGUAGUAAUAAUAAUGGUGGUUGGAUGGUUUAUGGUGGAGCUAAUGGUUCACCCCACAUGGUUGCCUCUAGUGAAGCAAUCCCAACUAACAAUGGCCACCACCACCACCACCCUCCACCUCCAUUCUCUGCUCUAUGUGCCCCUCAACAACCACCCUUUGAUCCUUUUCCAGGGCAAUGCACCAACCAAAUGGUGGGCAUGUUGAAUCAAGGAAGAUAUUGGGGGAAGCCCCACCACCACGACCACCACCACAUUCUCGGCCACCACCCUCCGCCGCCACCGCCGCCAUUAAUGAUGACACCAAUGCAGCAACAGCAGCAGCAGUACUACAACUUCCCAUACUCCAUCUCCCCGGACUUCUCAUCACGGCCGCCGGAGCCCCAUCCUCCACCGCCGGCGGCGGCGGCCGCCGGCGACGACAGAAAAGGCGGCGGCGGCAACAGUAGUACAACGUGCGACGCAAUUUCUCCCCCAUUCAUAGACUUCCUCGGAGUCGGAGCCACCUAAUUAAGGCGCAGCCAUUUUUUCCGGCCGUGAAAACUCAGUUACCCAACACUGAAAACAACAAAAAGCCAACUCCUUUCCCCAUCCCCACUCCCCAAAUCAGCAAACCCCACCCCCACCCCCUCAAGAACUGUUAAAACACAAUAAAAGCUUCUGCAAUUCUGUCAC